AGCGAAAAUCGGUCUAUUCUACCUGAUCUUCUAUGGCAUGCUGGCGGCGCUGGUCGCUAUCUGCAUGUGGGUAUUCUUCCAGACCCUGGACCCCAGAAUUCCAAAAUGGCAGCUGGACAGGUCCCUAAUUGGAACCAACCCCGGUCUAGGGUUUAGACCGAUGCCCAUGAAUAAUGAGGAGAGUACCCUCAUCUGGUUCCAGGGCUCAAACAAGACCAAUUAUCAAAUUUGGGUGGACCAUAUAUUGCAGUUUUUGGACACUACCAAUGCUCCUGGAAGAAGUGCGUAUAACAGAAUAGAGCGCAGAAUGGCUCCUCUAAGUCGGGAACUGGCUAAUUUAAUAUUGCCUCAUGACCAUUUUGGGUCUCAUUUGGAUGAACGUGGCGUUAGAAUUGAUGAAAUGUGCUGAAGUAUGGAGUUCAAUGGAAAUUGAUGGCUAUAAUGUUAAUGCAAAAUAUGUUGGGGCAGGUGAACAAGAUCUUCCUGAUUUUCCUGACAUUAAAUGGUAUUCAGAACAUGUGCGUGAGAGCCAAUACUUGCUUCAAAUUGUAAAAUGUAGAAAUACAGAAUGCUGUCGUCCAAGUAGUGGCCUAUUUAGAU